AUGCCACUAGGAAAAGCUACAGAGGUUGUCGCUUCCCUUGUCGUAGCCGGCGGUCUUGCUUGCACAUGGUGUGCCUCCACUCAAUUCAGUCGAGCCGCUCUUUCCGGUCAUAAAGAUGACUUCUCAGCUCCAUACUUUUUAAUGUGGUUUCAUACAAAUCUCAUCGUUUCCUGUUAUCCAGUCUACUUGCUUUCGGCCAGGAUACGAAAGAUGAAUUUGAAAGAAGCACAUGCAGAAGCACAACUAGUUUUUGGAGAAGCUGGACUUUGCUUUUGGUCAAUCGUCAAAUAUGUGCUACCAUUUUUGUUCCUGUGGACUGGAGCAAACUAUUUGUAUGCGAGAUGUUUAAGCCACGUUUCGGCUUCAAUAGCCACAUCGAUCAGCUCCGGAAAUGCGGCAAUGGUUUACGUUUUGGCGAUCUUCAUUCUCAGUGAACGUUUUCAUAUGCAAAAGGCAUUUGCCGUCAUUUUGGGUGUCGGCGGCAUUGUUUUGAUAUCGAUCGAUCCGAGUGAUAAAAGCGACGGACAAUGGGUCGGCUAUGUGUUGGCUGUAGUCUCGGCUUUCUUCUCAGCUUUAUACAAAGUGAUUUUUAAAAAGGUCAUUGGUGAUGCCACGUUGUCACAGGUCUCUCUAUUUAUGACAUGUCUUGGAUUUUUGAAUCUAACGAUCAAUGUGAUUCCGGCUUUUGUCUUGGCGUACACGGUGGAAACGUUGAAAUGGGCGUAUGUUCCGUGGGGCUUCAUCUUUGGUGGAGCAAUUUUGGCAUUGAUGUUCGACUUCUUGAUCAACUUCGGCAUCGCUCUUUUGAAUCCGCUAGUGAUCUCUGUGGGAAUGUUGGUGGGAAUUCCAGUGAAUACAGCCGUUGACAUGGUUCGAGGCAAAGUCUCAACAGAUUCUUGGUACAUUUACGUGGGAACAAUCCUUGUCAUUUUGUCUUUUAUGCUCAUUGUUGUACCGUGGCAGUAUAAUCCAGCUUGUCUGGAAAAGCCUGAUGAAGAAAAAGAAAAGGAUGACUCAAAAAUGGACAGUUCGUUUGGAGAAGAA